AUGUGUUCUCCCUCAAAAACUCAUAAACCGCAUGCUGUGUGUAUCCCAUGUCCAGCCCAAGGCCAUAUCAACCCUAUGCUAAGCUUGGCUAAGCUUCUCCAUCAUAGAGGUUUCCACAUAACAUUCGUUAACACCGCCUACAAUCAUAGGCGUCUGCUCAGGUCGAGAGGCCCCAACGCGCUCGAUGGCUUGCUAGAUUUUCAAUUCCGAACCAUCCCCGAUGGCCUUCCGUUCUCCGAUGCCAACUCUACCCAAGAUACUCCUUCCCUUUGCCAAUCUACCUCCAAGAGCUGUUUAGCUCCUUUAUGUGAUCUUAUCUCUCAGCUUAAUUCAGUUGCUAACGUCCCACGGGUUAGCUGUAUUGUUGGAGAUGCUAUUAUGUCUUUUUCUAUGUUGGCCGCUAAUGAGUUUAAAAUUCCUUAUGCUUUGUUUUGGACUGCUAGUGCUUGUGGCUACUUGGGUUACCUGCAUUACCGUGAUCUCAUUAAGCAAGGUUUGAUACCACUCAAAGGUAUGAUUUAAAUUUAAAUACUAUUUGCUGUUUUGAAGUCA